GUCACAUGCACAUCAGUAGUGCGCAUGCGUAGUAUCUCCGGCGGUUCGACCUCUGCUUUCGAAAGUCCCGGGCCGAUCAAAAGAACCUAAAGCUCAAAAUGUUCACCUGCGCAAAGUUCGUCUCCACACCCGCCCUGGUGCGUGCAAGCUCUCGCGCCCUGUACAGACCAGUUUCUGCUGCUGUCCUGUCUAGACCUGAGGUCAAACCAGAGGUCGGUGCUGCUGUCCUGUCCCAGUCGCCCUUCACUCAGGUGGCCCUCAGAAGCUUCCAGACCAGCGCCGUAAGCCGCGACAUUGACACCGCUGCUAAGUUCAUCGGUGCUGGAGCUGCCACCGUGGGAGUGGCUGGAUCCGGUGCUGGAAUCGGAACCGUGUUCGGGAGCCUUAUCAUCGGUUAUGCCAGGAACCCAUCUCUAAAGCAGCAGCUCUUCUCUUAUGCCAUCCUGGGUUUCGCUCUGUCUGAAGCUAUGGGGCUCUUCUGUUUGAUGGUUGCUUUCUUGAUCCUGUUCGCCAUGUAAAAAAACUUCUAAUUGUGUAAACACAUUUGGUACAGUUGUGACUACAUAUUUUUGCUGUUGCUACCAAAAUGUCUGCUGGUUGAUUUUAUAUAUAUAUAUAUAUAUAAUUUUUUUUUUUUUUUUACAAAUUUUAAGUCUACUCUUUAAAAAGAAGAAAUCAUGUAACAAUUAAGAAUUGUUUAACUAUUUAAACCUUGAAUCACGUUCAUGCCCAUUGAAUGAGAAAGGCAACAGCUCCAAUGGUGCUGCUGGAACAUCGACCUGAAAUUCACCAUGGAACUAUAGAACUUGAUUGCACUUUCUGUACAUCAGAAUUGGAGAAAUGUAAUGCUUUGUGUGUGUGUGUGUGUGCAGACUGUAAGGGUCCACUCAGAUAGUAUGGUCAAUAGUAUGACUGUAAAUAUAUAGCAGUUGAAAGCCAGUUCAAAAACCUUAAUUGCUUUUGUAAAUUGCAUUAAAUUUAGAUCACAGUUACACAGUC